AGCAAACGCCUGGAGAAAGUCCACGUGGUUAUUGGACAUAAGUCAUGUGACUUAGAUUCUCUCAUUUCUGCCUUCACAUACGCCUACUUUCUAGAAAAGGUCAGUCCACCUGGGGUUCUCUGUUUGCCAGUACUGAACAUCCCGAGAACUGAAUUCAACUAUUUCACCGAGACGAGGUUUAUUUUAGAAGAGCUAAAUAUCUCUGAAUCAGUUCACAUAUUCCGAGAUGAAAUUAAUCUGCACCAGCUAAACAAUGAAGGGAAGUUAUCUUUAACACUGGUUGGUAGCAACGUGCUGGCCAGUGAGGACAAAACUUUAGAAUCAGCCGUUGUGAAAGUCAUUAGUCCAGUUGAGCAGAGCAACGCUGGGGUUGAGUUCCAAGAGUCUUCCUCCUCCCUUGUGGUGAAAGAGAUUCUUCAGGAGGCCCCUGAGCUCAUCACUGAGCAGCUGGCCCAUCUCCUCAGAGGCAGCAUCCUUUUCCAGUGUCUGAACAUGGAAUCAGAGACGAUCUCAGAGAAACAGGAGAAAAUCCUCUCCAUUCUGGAGGAGAAAUUUCCCAAUUUGCCUCCGAGAGAAGCUAUCAUCAGAACCCUACAGGAGACCCAGUUCAGUGCCCAGGGUUUAAGUAUUGAGCAGACAAUGCUGAAGGAUCUUAAGGAACUGUCAGAUGGAGAAAUAAAAGUGGCCGUUAGUACCGUGAACAUGACCCUUGAGAAUUGUAUGUUUCACAGGAAUAUCACCAGUGACCUGAAAGCAUUUGCAGACAAGUAUGGUUUUGAUGUCCUCAUCCUCUUGGCCAGCUACCAGUCGGAGGAGCAGUUGCCUAGACAACAGAUUGCUGUGUAUUCUGAGAACCUAGAGCUGUGCAGCCAGAUUUGCUGUGAGCUGGAAGAGUGUCAGAACCCUUGCCUAGAACUGGAUCCCUUUGAGUGUGGCUGCGAUGAGAUCCUGGUGUACCAGCAAGAGAACCCUUCUGUGACGUGUGAUCAAGUUGUUCUUCUUGUCAAGGAAGUCAUCAAUCGCAGGUGUCCAGAGAUGGCCUCCAACAGUCGGACGUCCUCCACUGAAGCUGUGGCAGGCAGCGCCCCACUCUCCCAAGGGUCUUCGGGGAUUAUGGAGUUGUAUGGUUCCGACAUAGAGCCGCAGCCCAGCUCUGUGAAUUUCAUAGAAAAUCCUCCAGGUUUCAUUGAUUCUAAUCAGGCUCAGGUGGAUGUCAACAUAGACCUUGUUAGCCCUGAUAGUGGGCUGGCCACCAUUAGGAGCAGCCGCUCAUCCAAGGAGAGCUCAGUUUUCCUCAGUGAUGACAGUCCAGUGGGAGAAGGUGCUGGGCCUCAUCACAGUCUCCUCCCAGGGUUUGACUCCUAUAGCCCCAUCCCUGAAGGGGCUGUAGUUGAGGAACAUACACGGGCUGGAGAACAUGGUGAACACUUUGACCUCUUCCACUUUGACUCUGCACCUAUGGUUUCUGGGCAGUCUCAGCCAUCUUCCCAUUCUGCUGACUUCUCUCCAGAAGAUGACUUCUUCCCCAACAGUGAUUCAUCAGAAGGGCAGCUCCCCACUGGGCCUAAGGGACUUGAUGAUAUAGGGAUCAACAUGUCUAGUUAUUCAUCCAGUUCCCUUUUGUCAACAGCUGGCAAAGAUAGCCUUGUGGAAUUUGAUGAGGAGUUUAUCCAGAGACAAGAAAGUCCUAGGGAUAAAUCUGAAAGAAAUUUGAACUUGACAGAUUUUGUGGGAGAUGAAUCUGCUUCGCCAGAAAGGUUAAAAAAUAUUGGAAAGAGGAUCCCACCAACACCUAUGAAUAGCUUUGUAGAAAGCUCACCAUCUACUGAAGAACAAGCUCUACUUUAUACAGAAGAUACAACCCAAAAUGAGGUUGACAAAAGCCACACAGGGCCACCUCAGUCCCGUGCACGGUGUAGCAGCUGGUGGGGUGGUUUGGAAGUUGAUUCUAAAAAUAUCACGGAUGCGUGGAGUUCUAGUGAACAGGAAUCUGUCUUCCAAAGCCCUGAGUCAUGGAAAGACCAUAAGCCAAGCCUUGCUGAUAGGAGAACCUCAGAUUCUGUAUUUCAAGCAAAGAGUCUUGCAUUCUCAAAAUCAGGUACCUGGGAGUCUGAAUUUGGUCAACCUGUGCUAGGUAGCAGUGAGAAUCAAGACCAAACUGAAGAAAACUUGCAACAUCAAAACCUGCCCACUGAGAAAUCACAUUUAUCAAAUGGUUCUUCUCAGGGAACAAACCACCUGAUAGAAGAUUUUUCUGCCUUGUGGCAUUCUGAUCGAUCUCCCACAACAAUGCCUGAGCCCUGGGGAAACCCCACAGACGAUAAUGAACCAGGGCCUGUUGGCACAUUCCCUGCCUGGAGUGCAUUUGGUAAAGAAGAUGAUAUGAAAGCCUUGAAAAACACCUGGAAUCUGCACCCAAUGAGUAAUGAAAUGCAUUCUGUAAUGGACCCAAAUGAAUGGACCAUGGCAAAAAGUGGAUUCUCGUUUCCUUCAGAAGACCUACUGAACAAUUCAGCCAGUGAUGCAAGUAAUGGAGCAACUCCAGAAAUCUGGGGCAGGAAGAACAAUGAUUGUUCUGGAAAUCCCAGUUCUAAUCUGGAUCAUGCGUGGAAUCAUUCUAAGCCACCAAAGGAAGAUCCGAAUGGUUUAGUGGAUCCUAAAAUGAAAGGGAACGUGUAUGAAAAGGUAGAUUCCUGGAAUCUUUUUGAAGGAAGUAUCAAGAAAGGAGGAUCGGAUGCUCUAGCUCCUUGGGAAGAUUCCUUCUUAUCAUACAAAUGCUCUGAUUACAGUGCAUCCAACAUAGGUGAAGAUUCAGUAGCUUCCCCCUUAGAUACCAACUACUCCACCUCCGAGUCGUAUACAUCACCAACAUUUGCUGGAGAUGAGAAAGAAGUUGAAAACAAGCCAUUUGAUAAAGAGGAAGGUUUUGAGUCAAAAGAGAUGAACUCCACUGCACAGGAAGCCGAAAUGCCUCCUCAAUCACCACCGCAGGGACCUAGAAAUCGAAUUAGUUCAGGUCCUGGAAACCUAGAAAUGUGGACUUUCCCACAUGCAGAUAGUAGUUCUGAAAUCAAUGACACUCACAACUCACAAAAUGAUUUCCUACAGACCGAGCACAAAGGUGAUAAGAAUGUCUCCUUGGAGAAUGAUGUCGGGGACAGCAGCCAGUCCAGCUAUGAUGACCCCAGGAUGAUGCAGCUGUACAAUGAAACCAACCGGCAGCUCACACUCUUACACAGCAACACCAACUCCCGGCAGGGGGCGCCCGAGAACCUAGACACGUGGAACAGAGUGAUUCUAGAGGACACACAGUCCACCGCAACAAUCUCGGAUAUGGAUAAUGACUUGGACUGGGAUGACUGCAGUGGGGCUGUGGCCAUCCCUAGUGAAGGUCAAGCGCAAGAAUAUCCAACUGAUGGUAUUGAACCAGAAACUCGGUUUUCAGUGAAACAGCUAGAACCUUGGAGUGUGGAGUAUCCGGAAGCAAAUCAGGUAGACUGGGAACAUCCGGCUUCUUCAGAGCCUGGCAAGGACACUGCUCCCAAUGAAUAUCACAUACUGAGUGAGAAAAGUGGACAGCUCAUUGCAAACAGCAUUUGGGAUUCCGUCAUGAAAGAUAACGGUGUGUCAUCAUUAAUGUCACCCAGUCCAUCACAUAUUAUGGAUUCAGAACAAAGCAAAUCGACUCCUAAAACUCCUGGCUCAUUUGAAAGAAUUAAGAACAGUCACAGCCCACAUUUCUCAACAGAUGUGCUUGAUGCUUCUGCAUCUAGUCAGUCAGACUCACCGACACCUGACCCUGACAACGAAGACUUGUGGAGGGGAACCUUACAGAGUGAUGUAGCAUCAUUGGCCACCAGGCUUGAGAACCCUGAGCAUUUUGUACAUUCAGACCUGUGGAAAGGUCAUAGCUAUGGACAAAUUGGAAGUGAUAAGGAAGGCCAAGCAGCCACUGACCUUGAGUACACAGGUGAGGAAGAAGUGGACAGCACUUCAGGGAGUUCUGGAAAAGGCGCCGGUGACCAGGAACUCUCUUCUCCAGUUGCAUCGGAGCAAGAAAUCGACAUGCAAUUAGGCAAAAUCAGCUCUCCUUCAGUCGCUUCUAGUCCUCCAGCUGAGGAGCUAGAGGGAGAUUCAGAGCACAAGAAGGGAUCUUACACUUUGGACUCCUAUGAUGUUCAAACUGGAAUGUCUACAGAAAAACACCUUCUGAAUGAGGCUACUGAUGUUUCAGAUAGGAUAACUGUAACAGAAAAUGUACCUUUAUCUGAAAUGAGUCUUGAAAAAAUGGAGGAAUGUAACAGUCUGGAGCCAGAGAGAAUGAAUGAAAUGCCACAUCAUGAAUUUCCCCAAAGCCUUGCCAUUUGGGAUGGCCCUAAAGAGAAUGAUGUGCAGGUCAACUGCACACGUUCUGAGAUCACUGAGAAUCUUGAAGUUAAGCAUACUGAAAACAGUCUUUCAGGAGCUAGUUCACCUGGAAAAUAUAGCAAAGGUAGUAUUUCUAGUGAGUAUACACAUUCAAGUGCUUCAAGUCCAGAGUUAAAUGAUUCUUCAGCAGCAUUGCUUUCCUGGAGACCCACAACCAACACUGAUCAUAAGAAAGAGAAUCAAGAUGAUUGGAAUGGACAGAAUCAACAAGAAUCUGAAGCUAUUGCCCCUGAUGGCCAAGUAGAAGUAGUUACUGAAAUGAAAAACCUGGAAAAAGACAGAAUGGAAAAGUUUGCAAAGAACUUUGACCACAAGAUGCCUAAAUUUUUAGAGAUUUGGAAUUACUCAGUAGAUGGUGAUUCCUUAUCCUCUUUAUCCAGCCCUGAGACAGGAAAAAUUUCUGAAUACUCAGAUGCAUAUCAGGAAAGAAAUCUUGUGGUUAGCCAUCAGGAGAAAAAUGAAUGUGACAUUCAUGAAACUAUACAGCCAGAGGCUGCCAAUUUCAUUUCAACCAGCUCAGACUCUGAUGAUAGUAGUGCAGAUGAUGAAGAGUCAGUGGAGAAAGAAAGAUAUUUGGGUCCUUGCCAAGAUACUCUGCGUGAAUCCAGAGCUUGGAACUCAUUGAAUGGAUCUAAUCAUAAGUUCUUGGCCACAAGUGAUACCAACAAUCAAAAAUGUUCUGAAUAUGUAGACAAUUCAGAACCAGCAGAGAAUGAGAAUCAAUCAAACCCAUUCCAUGAUGAUCAACAAAGCAGUCCUGAUCACUGGAAUUUCUCACCACUGAAUGAAUCUUACAAUUCAGAACCAGCAGAGAAUGAGACUCAAUCAAGCCCAUUCCAUAAUGGUCAACAAAGUGGCCCUGAUCACUGGAAUUUCUCACCUCUAAAGAACAGGGAGACAAAUUCUUCUCCAGAAGCAGUGAAAACAGGAGAUAUUUGUGAAGUGAAGACGUGGCAAAUAUCUCCCCAAACUGAACCACAGACUUCAAAUACUUCUAAACUGGAAAGGCUUGGCUUCUCAGCUGAGAAUGUGGAGUGGUGGACUGCCUCUCCACAGGAAGGAAGACCAACUGAGAGGGCAUUUGAAAGAGAACUGCCAAACUCAAGUGAUGUGUUAGAGAAGAAUUCUUCAGUUUACCAAAAUGUGGAUCCUUGGGGAAUACCCAUUCGUGGUGAUGUUGAAUCCAUGGAAACAUAUUGUGCCAAUCCUUUCAAGGAUAAACAUCAAGCCACCUUUCUGGAUAGUAAUGGAAAGAACUCCCAAGAGCUACUUUGGAACAUCCAACCAAAAGAACUAGACUCAGAUGCUGAUGAGCUUAACCAGCUUGAAAUAUUGGACCAGAUUAAAGAAAAGGAUUCCAGAGAGCAAAUCUCCAUAUCCUCUGCUGCAGAUGAACUCACUUCUGAAACACAUACCCCGGAGCAAUGUCAGGAUACCAUAUUGCCAGGCGGGGAUCAGCCAGACCCAAUGUUGACAGGUGAAAAUGAAUGUGUUAUAUCUCAUGUUUCCACUUUUGAAUGCCAAGAAACAAACUGGUGGGAACAAGAAGAAUCAUACACCAGUGAAACUACCAAUUCAAACAUUGCCUCAGAAAAUGUCCCUGUGGUCAGUUCGCCUACCCAAUUGAUCAGUAAGUCACACUCAGGGUGGUGUGAUUCUAACCCUAGUGAGAGCCCUCAAGGUACAUUUGCGCCAGAUGUUUUACCUGGCAAUUUCCAAGAGCCUGGGCAGCUGGCCUCAGCUUCACCUGAUUUGUGGAUAGAUGCAAAGCAGCCCUUGGGUUCGAAAGCAGGCGGUGAGAAUCCUGAUAUACUGACUCACUGUGACCAUGAGAGUAAUUCGCAGGCUUCCAACAGUUCUGAUGUAUAUCAUGACUAUGAAGCAAAGAAGGAGACAGAGCACCAAGUCUGUGCCUGGAUGGGACCUGAAGUGGAAUCCAUUGAGUUAUAUGUCACUGAACCGAAGGUAGAUGAAGGGCCCAGUCAGGAGCCUGGGCAGGAAUUGGUCCCAUACAAGUCAGGACUGUAUUCUGAAAAUGCCAUUCCACUUUUUGCAUUCAGUAAGCAAGCAAACAGUAGUAGCAUAUCUCAGCCUGCCUCUCAUGAAGUUUCUCUGGAACCUUCUGAAAUAAAUAAUGAAAACAAUACAGAUUCAAAUGCAACCGAAAUCAGAACCAGCCCAGAUGUACCAGCAGUUUUGGAAUCUUUUGACAGAACAAUCCCAAUAAUUGAAAAUAUGGGAACCAAAAUUGUUGUGACUCACCCAGAGCCAGCUCUGGAUGGCAAUAACCACUGGGUAUCAGAGGACUUUGCCCCUGAGAGUCCGAGAGAUGCAAGGGCCUUGCUUGACUAUGAGCAAAUUUUUGCCACUGAGAAUCCUGCCCAGGUUACAGAUACUCUGCUGGUCUCAGACACAUGUCUCGAUGUAAGCGAAGCUGCCUUCGACCACAGUUUCAGUGAUGCCUCAGGUCUCAACACAUCCACAGGAACAAUAGAUGACAUGAGUAAGUUGACAUUAUCAGAAGGCAAUCCUGACACACCAGUUGAUGGGGAUGCAGGAAAGCAAGAUAUCUGUUCAUCUGAAGCCUCUUGGGGUGAUUUUGAAUAUGAUGCAGUGGGCCAAAAUAUUGACGAAGACUUACUGAAGGAGUCUGAUCACUUUCUCUAUGGUGUUGACCCUCCAUUGGAGGAAGACAUUCUGAAGCAACCGCUGGCCCCGUACACACCUCCCUUUGAUUUAUCUCAUCUCACAGAACCUACUCCUGGUGUUGAAAAGACAGAGGAAGCUGGGUCUCCAGAGAAUGAGUCUCUUGGGAGUGAAGUUGCAGAGCUAUUGCUUUCUGCCUUGCCUGAUGAAAAAGGCAAGGAAAACCACACCGAGACCCAAAGCAGCCAGCCUGGACUGCAGCUGGUGAUGCUGCAUAUCCGUGAAGACUCUGAAUCCCUUUCAUUGCCUGUGAGAGGAGGCGCCAAUGUUGAGUUGUCUCCAUCCAAUGACAUUGACUGGGACAUAGAAACAGAUCAUUCAUAUUCACCAGCAGGUGGAGACAUAGGACCAUCAAAUGGUGCCAAUAAGGGGUUAUUAGACUUAGAAGAAGCAAAAAUAACUCCUACAAAAGACCCUGAGCAACUAAAGUCAGAAUACAAGGAAGAAAGAUGCACAGAGAAGAAUGAAGACCAUCAUGCCCUACACAUGGAUUACAUACUUGUAAACCAUGAAGAACAUUUGCCUCAAAUGCCAGAGAUCUGUGAAGCAAGAGAAAGAACAAUUGAAGUAGAAGAAUCUCACAUGAAUGCUGAAGAAAAGGCUCUGCCAGAAAUACAGUUACCAAGUUUCCAAGACACAUUAAAGUCAGCUUCCUUAAAUGAAAGUAAAGAUCAUUCUUUAGAGAGACUUGGUUCUACAGAGGAUAAGACAUCUUCUCCGGAAAGCCCUGGGCAAGACCAGGGUUGGAUGGUCUUGAAUCACAAUGAGGUUGGUGAUCCGAUGUCAGAAGAAAGUUCCAGUCAGCCAGAAGCCAGGAUCUCAGGGUCUGGAUGGUCUUCUGAGGCUGUGAAGCCAGCCUCAGAUCCCAGCCCAGGCAAGGGUUACCAGAUGCAGGUUCUGGGAGAAGUGAAGCCUAUAGAAUCCUUAGCACUAGAGGAAGCCUCUGAUCUGAGCAGCCAAUCAAGGAAGACCAAGAGCCAAGGCAGGGUUGGGCCGGAUGCUACUGUGUUGCCGACUGUCACCCAUGACAAUGAAUGGGAAAUGCUUUCACCACAGCCUUCUCAGAUAAACAUUAUCCCUGAAGCGGAAAUGGAGGAGGAAACAGAGUUCUUUGAACACAGAACGAGGAAACCAAGACCAAACGGACUGUUGCCAGAGGAUGUAGGAAUGGACAUCCCCUUUGAGGAGGGAAUGCAGAGUCCCACUGCUGUGGACAUGAGGCCUGAACCUCCUAGUUCUCUGAAUCUUAAUGGCAUUCAUACUCAGAGAAUCAAGCUGACAGCACCAAAUAUCAACCUUUCUCUGGAUCAGAGUGAAGGAUCAGUUCUCUCUGAUGACAACCUAGACAGUCCAGAUGAAAUUGACAUCAAUGUGGACGAACUCGACACCCCUGAUGAAGCCGACUCUUUUGAAUACACUGGGCAUGAAGAUCCCACCAACAACAAGGAUUCUGGUCAAGAGUCAGAGUCUAUACCAGAAUAUACAGCAGAAGAGGAGAGGGAGGACAACCGAUUGUGGAGGACAGUGGUGAUUGGAGAACAAGAGCAGCGGAUUGACAUGAAGGUCAUCGAGCCCUACAGGAGAGUCAUUUCUCAUGGAGGAGAUUCAGGAUACUAUGGGGACGGUCUAAAUGCCAUCAUUGUGUUUGCCGCCUGUUUUCUGCCAGACAGCAGUCGGGCGGAUUACCACUAUGUCAUGGAAAAUCUUUUCCUAUAUGUAAUAAGUACUUUGGAAUUGAUGGUAGCUGAGGACUAUAUGAUUGUAUAUUUGAAUGGCGCAACUCCAAGACGGAAGAUGCCAGGGUUAGGCUGGAUGAAGAAAUGCUACCAGAUGAUUGAUAGAAGAUUGAGGAAGAAUUUAAAGUCCUUCAUUAUUGUUCAUCCUUCUUGGUUCAUCAGAACAAUCCUUGCAGUGACACGGCCUUUUAUAAGUUCAAAAUUCAGCAGCAAAAUUAAAUAUGUCAGUAGCUUAUCAGAACUCAGUGGACUGAUCCCGAUGGACUGUAUCCACAUCCCAGAAAGCAUCCUCAAACUGGAUGAAGAACUGAGGGAAGCAUCAGAAUCAGCUAAGUAA